CGUUAAUUCAACUUCAGCCUUUUGUUUUUAAAAGGAUUGGUGGUACGAGUAUCCUAUUUUUCAAUUUCAAUUGGGGCUAUGGAAAAUCAAGUUGACGAUAUAUGGACGAGAUCAGCUAGAGAUGCAAGCGAAAUGAGAAAAUGAAUACUCCAACAAAAAAAAGAAGAUAGAAAAGAGCAGGGUCUUCUUCUUCUUCAUCUUCAUCUGCAAACAUGAAAAACCAGCUGGGGAAAAUGGGAUUCCAUUAUCUGCACAAAUUGAAUGCCGAAAACAUCCCAAAGGACUUGAUUGAGAAGGGGCAAAAGCGUGUCAUUGAAGCAUCUCUGACCCUUAUCCGAGAGAGGGCUAAGCUGAAGGGAGAACUUCUCCGUGCUCUAGGGGGUGUAGUAGCAUCGCCAACCCUUCUUGGGGUUCCUCUAGGGCAUAACUCCUCAUUCCUCCAAGGGCCUGCAUUUGCUCCUCCCCGCAUUCGUGAAGCUAUAUGGUGUGGCAGCACAAACUCUACAACUGAAGAAGGCAAACAGGUGUGUGAUCCUCGUGUCUUGAGUGAUGCUGGUGAUGUACCGGUACAAGAGUUAAGAGACUGUGGGGUUGAUGAUGAUGGACUAAUGGAUAUUGUUAGUAAAUCUGUCAAGCUAGUGAUGGAAGAAGUACCAUUGCGUCCAUUAAUCUUGGGGGGCGAUCACUCAAUUUCAUAUCCUGUUGUGAGAGCUGUGUCAGAGAAACUUGGAGGACAAGUGGAUAUCCUUCACCUUGAUGCUCAUCCUGAUAACUACGGUGCCUUUGAAGGAAACAAAUACUCACAUGCCUCUGGUUUUGCUAGAAUAAUGGAAGGCGGUUAUGCCAGGCGGCUCUUGCAAGUUGGGAUUAGAUCAAUCACAAAAGAAGGCCGCGAGCAAGCAAAAAGAUUUGGUACCGAGCUGUAUGAAAUGAGAACUUUUUCUAGAGAUCGCCAGUAUCUGGAAAAUCUGAAACUAGGUGAGGGGGUGAAGGGCGUGUACGUGUCUGUGGAUAUAGACUGUCUUGACCCUGCAUUUGCCCCAGGUGUAUCCCACAUAGAGCCCGGAGGUCUAUCUUUCAGAGACGUCCUCAACAUUCUCCACAACCUUCAAGGGGACAUUGUGGCUGCUGAUGUGGUCGAAUUCAAUCCGCAGCGUGACACCGUUGAUGGGAUGACUGGUAUGGUUGCUGCAAAGAUUGUGAGAGAAUUGGCUGCUAAGAUAUCAAAGUGAAAAAAAGUAACAAUCUAUACCCUUUGCUACUUCCUAUUACUGAAUUUAUGAAGUUUUAGUCAGACAAUGGCCCUUUUUUUCUUCUUCAAAUAAGCACAUCUCUGUUUCAACAUUCGUGUAACCCUUGAUAUUGUGCAAUUUGGGCGUAUUUGAUGAAUAAUAAAAUGUCUUAGCUCUA